AUGGGAUCGGACUCUAGGUACGCCACCAAAAUCCAGGCUGACUCGGCCGAUAAGGAGUACGUCGAUCCGUGCUCCACCACCGGGUGCAUGAAGGGCCGCGGCGCGUGGGGUUGCGUGUUUUUCCCCGUCGUGCUGCUCUGGCAGUCCGUUAACAUCUAUUUCAUCCCGUGCGUCGGCAUCUACCUCAAUCGCCUGGCGACGGUGGGCGAGAAAGGCCUCUGCUGCCUCUGCGUCUUGUUCGGUUGUUGGCGAUUCAAGGACACCGAGUUCGUCGGCGACGCCGCGCUGGGCGACCCGGUGAAGUACAGGGACGUCGAGUGGGUCCGCGCCAGGGAAAUAUGUAAGGGAUUGGAGCCCGGGAAGAACCCCAAGCUGUUCGCGGGCAAGAUUGAGCCCGCGGACCUGCGCCAGGGCCACCUCGGGGACUGUUGGCUCCUCGCCGCGCUCGCCACCCUCGCCGAGCAUCCGGUCGCGAUCCGCAAGUGCUUCCUCAACAGGGAGUACAGCUCCCGCGGCAAGUACCGCGUGCGCCUGUACGACGGCCUGAAGCGCCAGUGGGUGAUCAUCGUCAUCGACGACUACAUCCCGGUCAAGAAGGGCACCAAGGACCCCAUCUUCGUCAAGCCCAACGGCGAGGAGCUGUGGGCCAUGCUCCUGGAAAAGGCGUUUGCCAAAUUCUACGGCAGCUACGCGAAGCUCAGCGGCGGCCAAGAGAUCGGCGCGCUGUUCCAGAUCACCGGCGACAACUGCUUCUCGUUCCGGUCCGUGCCCGAGACGAAGAAGGACGACGGGUACUGGAAACACCACUGGGUCCGCCACGAUCCGAAGUUCAUGUUCGAGGAGCGCGACUGGGUCUCCUUCGAGCGCUCCGACGAGGAGAUCAAGGACGACCGUUUCUUCCGAAUCAUGCUCCAGUACAACCACAAGCACAGCGUCAUGACCGCCGCGUUCAUGUACAACUACGCCAAGUCCGACCCAGAGCUGCAGGCGGCGUGCGAAGACCGCGCGGACCGCUGGGGGCUCGUCCCUAGCCACGCGUACUCGGUCCUCGAGGUGAGGAGGGCGGGCACCAGCCUCGGCAUGGGCGGCGUCCGGCUCGUCAAGCUCCGCAACCCCUGGGGAUCGUACGAGUGGAAAGGGAAGUGGUCCGACGGGUCCAAGGAGUGGACAGAGAACCCGGAGAUCGCCAAGGAGGUUGGGUACGUCGACGACAGCAGCGACGGCGCGUUCUGGAUGAGCUUCGACGACUUCCAGGAUUUCUUCAGGGAGGUGCAGGUCUGCGAUAGGACCACCGUCGAGGACCUGCGGCUGGACGUCGUCGAGGACUCCGCGAUCUGCGGGCCCACGAUCGGGUGCGUGGGCGGGUGCAUCGGCUUCUGGUGCUGCUGCAUGGGAGCCCGGACCAUAUACUGCGGAAACGUGACCAAGGCGGAGACUGAGAAGGCGGCGGGGUGCUGCACCACCGUGUGA